AGGUCUGUAAAGAUGCACUCCACUCACUGCCUCUGUCGGACUCAACAGCGACAACACCCACACACACCAACACCCCCCCACACACACACAAACACACACACACACUCCGGCGCUACUGUUCAUAAUGAAUGCUGUUUACAAUCGAUAAGAAUUAUUAAUUUUGCACGGCUCGAUUUUUUCGUACAAAUUAAUUUCUAAUUUAUGAUGCUUCGGGACGCGCAUUUGAACCGCUGCACGCUCACAGGCGAUGAGCAAUUUCGUUUGUUUUUAUUAUGCUGUUGUUUACAAUUCGCCAUACUAUGCUCUGCAGAUGUCGAGGAAAUACAUGCGGAUGGACGUUGGCAUGGCGACUCAUCUCGCAUCCUUGACAACCUAGAGCACUAUAUCACUUAUCCACACUGGCUCAGCCCUGCCCGACACAAAAGAUCCCAUGUGGGCACUGAGCAUCCGUCUGAGGCAGAGGUCAAGAUAACCGCAGGAGGAGAAGACCUGAUCCUACAACUUCAGAAAAAUCAGGAACUAUUCUCCCCUGAAUAUCAAGAGAUAUGGUACGAUCCAACUGGCAUUCGCCAGUUUUCCAGACCUUCCAAUAGGGAUCACUGUUAUUAUCAUGGGACAAUCAAAGGUAUUCAGGGGUCCAGUGUGGUCCUCAGCACCUGUGCCGGACUCAGGGGUAUGAUAACUGUCAACAACAGCUUGAGCUACAUGAUCGAACCGCUAGCUAACCAAAUACACUCUCAGGGACAUGUUAUGUACAACGCUCAGAGCCUAAAACUGCCAGUGGGCACCUGCGGACAUCUCCAUGGAGACGAUAAUAACACAGAAAGCCUUCAAGAGUUGAUUGAUGUGAUGGCACAGCCUCAACGGACCAACAGGGAAAGAAGGGACAUCAGCAGCAGCAUGAAAUACGUGGAGCUGAUGCUGGUGGCCGAUCAUGCAGAGUUUGUGAAACACGGUCGGGACCUUGAAAGAACCAAAACAAAGCUGCUUGAAGCAGCCAACUUUGUGGAUAAGUAUUACAAAACACUGAACAUCCGUGUUGCCCUGAUCUGGUUGGAGAUCUGGAAUAAUCACGAUAAGAUCAGUGUGACCGACAACCCCUACAGCACCCUGGGUGCGUUUCUGGCCUGGAGGAGGAAACAGCUGCCACAGCUGCCUAAUGACAACGCUCAGCUUGUAACGGGCGUGCCAUUUCAGGGCACCAUCAUCGGUCUGGCACCCCUUAAAGCCAUGUGUUCUGAAUACCAGUCAGGUGGAGUAAAUUCGGACCACUCUGAGAGUGCUGUUGGUGUUGCUGCUACUAUUGCUCAUGAGAUGGGGCAUAACUUCGGUAUGAGUCAUGACAGUCGAGACUGCUGUCUUGCUCAACCUGAGGAUGGCGGCUGCAUCAUGGCUGCUGCCACAGGGGAUCCAUUCCCUCGUGUCUUUAACCCCUGCAAUCAGAAGGAGCUGAAGCGCUACCUGAGCUCGGGCGGGGGGAAGUGUUUGUUCAGCCCUCCCAACACCAGGGUCAUGUAUGGAGGCCAGCGCUGCGGAAACGGAUACCUGGAAGAAGGAGAAGAGUGUGACUGUGGAGAAGCGGAGGAGUGUUCAAGUCCCUGCUGUAAUGCCAUCAACUGCACUCUGAAGAUCGGAGCAGAGUGUUCACAUGGAGUCUGCUGCCAUGAGUGCAAGCUGAAGAGUCCGGGAGUGAUGUGUCGUCCACCAUCAGGCUCGUGCGACCUGCCUGAAUACUGUGAUGGCAAAUCAGAGUCGUGUCCUGCAAACCUUUACCUGAUGGAUGGCUGCAGCUGUGCAGGAGGCAAAGCCUACUGUUACACGGGAAUGUGCCUGACACUGGAGCAGCAGUGCCUCUCUCUCUGGGGCAAAGAUGCCCGCACUGCUCCUGAUCUUUGCUUUACUAAAGUAAAUGAAGCAGGCGAUUCCUUUGGAAACUGUGGCAAAGACCUGAUGGGGAAAUACAGAAGCUGCACAGACAGGAAUGCUAAAUGUGGCAAGAUUCAGUGCCUGAGUGCCGCCAGCAAGCCUUUAGAAUCCAACGCUGUCUCCAUUGACACCAACAUCAGGGAUGGUCAACAGAAGAUCCUGUGCAGAGGGACACAUGUGUAUUCAUCCGGGUACAGUGAGGAGAGCCAGGGAGACACUCUAGACCCCGGCCUGGUUCUGACCGGGACCAAAUGUGGCGAGAACGCGAUCUGUUUUGAAGGGGAAUGUCACAAUGCAUCUUUCCUGCAGGCAGAUGACUGCAAUUCUAAAUGUCAUGGCCAUGGGCUUUGCAAUAACAACCACAACUGCCAUUGUAACUCAGGCUGGGCACCACCGUUUUGUGACAAGACAGGUCCAGGAGGCAGUGUGGACAGCGGGCCUGUGAUUGCACACAGCGGCCUUUAUCUUGUCCUGGUUCUCCUCAUACUGUUUUUCCUCUUGGGAUUGGCUGUUCUGGCUGUCUGCUGUUGCUUCUGCAAACAUAAGCCCCGCCCCCUUAAAGGCUCUGCCCUUCCUGCUACCCAAAUAUGCAUCAAUGUUCCAGACUCCCAUCAGUGUAAAAGUCACAGCACAGGUCACGCCAACUCAGUGUUCCAGCCAAAGAAGCCUCACGCUGAUGAACAGGCCAGUCCUCGGGCGAGUCCUACAGGUCCACCGCGAUCCAGACAUUCUAUCGUCCGACCCACUGUAAAGCCACCUCCAAUCCCAGCCUACGCUGUGCAAAAUCAGAGUUUACAGCAUUCAGAGACUUCCAAGACAUCUCCAUCCAUCCCCUCUAAAACAAGUCCACUUCCCCCCAACAGACCCCCUCCACCCUGCCCUAUGACCAAACCCUCCCAGACUGCAGAAACGGUGCCUAAGAAUGUCUUGCAAGUGUCACCAGCCAUGUUGCAGAAAAGGAAAUCUAAUCUGAUGCCCACUACUGGACACUUUCAGAAUGUCAGGUUCCAAAGGGAAGUUUAUGGAAAGAGCUGAUUCUCAGUUUACAAGAAUGAUCUGCAGCUCUGCACCUUGAAAAUGUCCUUAAGAAUGACCAAAUCAAACUGUCUCACGCAAAGUGAUGCCCGCCUUAUUGACUUGAAAACAGAAUUAUGGAUACCAUGUAACUUCAUUUGUUUUCAGGAGGUACAGUUCCACUAUUCCUGUGCCAAAUAUGUUUCAUUUGUUAUCUCACAUCUAUGUAUUGUAUUAAAGAAACCUCAGAGGAAAGAUACAUAAAACAAUUUUUUUUUUUAAAAAACAAGUAUGGCAUUCUAAUCCGAUAAGAGCAUGAGUCAUCUGAAAGAUUAUCUUGCACCAAGAAAAUAAAUUGCAUGCAGUAGUAUCAUAUUGUAAGUAUAUUAUAUAAACAGAGUAAACUGGAAAAUGGGAGUCAUUUAGAAAAAUCUGAUAUUUAAGACCUGUUUCAUUGUCAGAGAUUUAUCUAGUUAGAAACUAGUUGUCAGGAAAUUUAGUUUAGUGCUAUGGUACAUCUGUGCUCAGGAAACCGGUCUAAAAAGAAUCAAGGAGAUUGUUUGCAUAGCAAUAAUAGUUUAGAAACUCAGAUAAACUGUACAGCACUGGGUUCUUUUUAUGUUUAAUUAUGUGUAGUUGUAAAUGAUGUUUUAGUUUAUACAGUAACAGGUAAAAACAACUUGUCUUAAAGGGUGUUUGCAAAGAUGCUGGACAUUAAGGAAUGGAGGAAAGAGUUCAUUUAUGGUGCUUUGUUUUUGAAUUCUUAAAUGAGAGAAAUAACUGUUCUCAUACCAUUUAUUAGAUAACACUUGAUUAAAUGUUCUUUUUAAUAAGGACAUUAACCCAGGGAAUGUAUUUCAGGUUUAAAUCUGUACACAUGUAAAUGUUUAUCUUAAGUUUAGUUCAUAGCCUUUUGGGAAGAAAUUGAAAUGUCUACUUUUGUUUUCUCUAGACGAAUAAUAAUAAUCUCUUCUCAUGCUUUACGUUUGGGGAACAAUAUGACCAAUGUACUGGAUUUCUGACUUUUCAUGAUGUAGUUAAACUUAUUUAUUCAUAAUCUUAAGAUUUGAGAUGUAAUGACACCUUAAAUAAAUUGAUUCAUUUUACAUGAAUGUUAUUAUGGAUCAUUGAGACAGUGCUGUAUAGUGGAUGUACUGUAAAGUUUGCUUGAUAUUACAGACUACAUAGAAAGCAAAAAAAAAAAAAAAAAAGAAACGUCACUGCAGGGUUUUUGUAUAUAUUUGUUGCUUAAUUUCAAUCUCUGGUAUGAAUAAAAAUGUUGUCCUACGCAAAAUGAGCUGUAAUGCAGUGCCUUCCAUGUCACAUCAGAAAUAUAUUUCCAUCAGUUAAUCUUA